GCCUUGCGGGAGCGUGCGCGGGAGCGUCGGCCGGCGAGGGAGCAGCAAACGGCCGGCGGCGGGCGGCGAGUGCCGCGCGGGGGGCGGGCGGCGCGGAGGAGGCGGCGGUGGCCAUGGCCGAGGCGUCACCGCAGCCCGGACGGUACUUCUGUCACUGCUGCUCGGUCGAGAUCGUGCCGCGCCUGCCGGAUUACAUCUGCCCAAGAUGCGAGUCUGGCUUUAUCGAGGAGCUUCCAGAAGAGACCAGGAGUGCAGAGAAUGGCUCGGCCCCCUCCACAGCCCCCGCGGACCAGAGCCGGCAGCCGUUCGAGAACGUGGACCAGCCCCUGUUCACGCUGCCGCAGGGCUACGGGCACUUUGCUUUCGGCAUCUUUGAUGACAGCUUCGAGAUUCCCACCUUCCCCCCCGGGGCACAGGCCGACGACGGCAGGGACCCCGAGAGCCGGCGGGAGAGAGAGCAGCACUCCCGGCACCGGUACGGCGCCCGGCAGCCCCGCGCCCGCCUCACCGCGAGGCGGACCACCGGCCGGCACGAAGGCGUCCCCACGCUGGAAGGGAUCAUCCAGCAGCUGGUCAACGGCAUCAUCACCCCGGCCACCAUCCCCAACCUGGGCCUGGGCCCCUGGGGCGUCCUGCAUUCAAACCCAAUGGACUACGCCUGGGGGGCCAACGGCCUGGAUGCGAUCAUCACGCAGCUCCUCAAUCAGUUUGAAAACACGGGUCCCCCACCCGCAGACAAAGAGAAAAUCCAGGCCCUCCCCACCAUCCCCGUGACCGAGGAGCACGUAGGCUCCGGGCUGGAGUGCCCCGUGUGCAAGGACGACUACGGGUUGGGCGAGCGCGUGCGGCAGCUGCCCUGCAACCACCUCUUCCACGACGGCUGCAUCGUGCCCUGGCUGGAGCAGCACGACAGCUGCCCCGUCUGCCGAAAGAGCCUCACAGGACAGAACACGGCCACUGACCCCCCGGGCCUGGCGGGCGUGAGCUUCUCCUCCUCCUCGUCAUCCUCCUCCAGCUCGCCCGGUAACGAGAACCCGGCCAGCAGCUCCUGAGCGUCCCAGCUGACCCCCAGGGCGAGCACCAGGCUGCGGGCCGGGACCGCGGAUGCCGCGGACUCCCGCACCCCUCGCGCCCAUGGACUGCGGUGCCGCCAGGCCCCCCGCGGCACAGGCUUGGAGGACCCGCCCCUCCCGGCUGCGGAGGGAGCCCGGCCUCCCCAGGGCCGGGCCGGGCUAGGCACAUGCCGCCUGGGGCGUCUGACUCCCUUCCUGUUUGUCUCUGACCUCACCCUCUACGUGUUCGACGGCAGAAAGGUUUUUAUAAUUUUAAAUUAUUACUGCUUUGAAAUAAAUGGACGUUUGAGCUCACUCGCGGCCCUGCAUGAUCUGUGGAGAGACAGGGUGGAGUCGCUCGGCUGGGGUCCCAACCGCGUGGACAGGCCGUUGCACCCCACUCCAAGCUCGGGGGCCCGGGACCACCAGGAUGACCAGCAAAACAAGGACGAAACUGCUCUGACAGAUGUUUUUUAAAGGAGAAAAUAUGUGUAUCUUGAAAGCUAUUUAAAAAUACAUCUACUUAGAAAGA